AUGCAGACGGAGCUCUUCAAGGCGUUGAUUUGCCAGAUGAUCGUUCCGGUCUUCACCCUCUUCGGCCCGAUGGGACUGUUCAUAACUCCAUUACUGUCGCUAGUUUGCUGCCGUAAGGCCCGGGUCGCCGACUACCAGACGAAGACUUCGGGCUCGGUCACCGAUAGCCGCGCUCGAGCGGGAUCAACUAUCGAAACUUGUCAUCGAGAUAUUCGGCUAAAUGAUCCCAGUGAGAGAGUGUCGAUUUCGGCCUGGUUCCAGUACAGUCGCGAAGUUGUCACGUUCCCACCGAAAAACGACAAAACACUGCACGGAUUUGUCGUGGAUGAUGCUGAAGCGGCGCAAAACAUCUACAAAUCCUUGGCUCCAAAUUUACAAAAGGGUUUCAAACAACAAGACUACCAACCUCGAAAACUGCGUGUUGCCGAAAAAGGCCAAAUCUACCAGAACACGAGCCGGCACCUCAAAGGCACCAAUGCACCACUUGACUUUGCAAAAUAUCAUCAUCUUGAAGACCAAUUCGCAAUCAUCGAUGCAAUUGCAAAGCGCGGAACCUCAGUCACAAAGACGUCACUGGGUAAAACCGAGGAGGGCCGGGAUCUUUGGGCCUUGAAGUUCCCAGCUUUGUCAGCUGCGCCGAAGGCACCGGUAUUCCUUAUUGAUGGCGGACAUCACGCUCGAGAAUGGGUUACUUCCGCUGUGGCAUUGUGGAUCGCGAAUGAGCUCGCCACCGAUAAAGAAAUACGGGCAAAGAUCUCGUUCGUCGUUAUCCCUCAAGUCAACCCUGAUGGCUAUGACUACAGCCAUACCAUUAACCAAGAGUGGCGCAAGAACAGAGCUAAGCAACCGUCCGGUGGCUGCCAAGGAGUCGACCUGAACCGGAACUACCCCUUCCAUUGGGGAGAGGCCGAAAAGGGUGAAGCCGAUCUUCCCUGCCAUGAGGUGUUCAUGGACGUCAAACCGGGCACGCAGCCGGAAGUCAAGGCGGUGAUGGGCGUUUUGCAAACGCCGAACGUUAAGGGAUACCUAUCGCUGCACAGCUUCGGUCAGCUAAUCCUACGACCCUACGGCUACGCGAAAGGGAAAACGGUGAAAAAUGAAGAGGCGUUGAAAGCCCUCGGCGACGCUAUGAGAGACGCCAUCAAAAAACGUAGUGGUGCUAAUUACACUUCGAUGUUGUCUUCUCAAUUGUACCCGGCGGCCGGCGCCUCUGAUGAUUACGCGGCGUCCCUUGGAAUUCCCUGGGUAUACACGAUGGAGUUGAGCCCUUCAGAAGACGAUAAUGAUGUUUGGGGUAACGGUUUCCAACUGCCCGAGACGAAAAUCGUCUCCACCGCCCAGGACGUAUGGACCGCGAUCAAGUUGAUUGACGCGUUGAUUAGUUGGGUGUUUGCACCAUAUUUCAUCUUUCCCAUCCCGGGAGGAUACCCAAAUGGUUGGUUAUGGAAGCUCGGUGUCUCCACCCAGGUCCAGACCGGCAUGGGCAUUGGGAUCACGUUUCAUAUGAAUACACUACUGCUGAUUAUGUUCAUGCUCAGACACCAAGCUAUUAUGCCUGCUGGCCACUUUUUAAAGUUUGAACGAAGCUACGUAUUGGCGGCUUACAUCGGCCUCCAACUAUACACUUACGUACAUGUUGCCCUGAUGUCGUGCUACGUUUUUGUUGGCCAAGAUGUGGCGGCGGCGAAAGCCUUGUAUCUAGAGGUCCAAUCA